AUGAAGGGCGAGGGAACAUUUUUCGGGAUGUAUUUCUUUCUUCAGCCGCUGAUAAUGGUUACCGAUUUGGAUCUUGUAAAGACCAUCCUUAUUAAAGACUUUAACUUUUUCCCUAAUCGCGCGAUGUAUUACAACAUCAAGGAUGAUCCGCUGAGUGGGAAUUUGUUUGCCGUUGAGGACAACUACUGGAGGACACUGCGGACCAAAUUGUCGCCGACUUUCUCUUCCGGCAAGAUAAAGCUGAUGUUUCAUAUUUUGAAAGCUGUGAGUGAUAAUUUGACUGACUAUUUGGAGAAUAUGGUUGGAAAAGGGAAUGAGUUAGAGGCCAAGGACUGCAUGGCUCGUUUCACUGUGGAUAUCAUAGGAAGUUGCGCGUUUGGAAUCGAUUGCAAUAGUUUCAACGAUCCGGAUAGUCGGUUCCGGAAAUUUGGGACCCAGGUUUUCGACAAACCGAGACAUCGAGGAUUGGCUCGAUUGUUUCUGCGUUUAUUUCCAGAAGUAGGAAGAUCAUUGAACAUAAAAGCCGUUCGUGAUGAUGCUUCCGGUUUUUUCAAUGGAGUGGUCAGGGAUACGGUGAACUACCGUUUGCGAAAUGGAAGCAAUCGCAAGGAUUUCCUCAAUUUACUUUUGGAGUUAAAACACAGCGGAGUUUAUUUGAGCAUGGACGAAAUUGCUGCUCAAUCUUUCAUUUUCUUCCUAGCUGGGUUCGAAGCAUCUUCCUCCAAUCAAACGUACUGCCUAUAUGAGCUUGCAUUGAACCAGGAGUGUCAAAAUAAGGCCAGAAAAUGUGUGCAACAAGCGAUCACAAAACAUGGAGGAUUAACCUAUGAGGCCGUUUGUGAUAUGUCAUAUCUAGAUCAAUGCAUCAAAGGUUAAGCUUUUUGGAUCCCAAAAAAUGUAUUGAAAAUAACCUAUAUUUUCAUUUCAGAAACACUGCGAUUGU